AGCAGCUGUAGGAAAGGGAGGCCAUUUUCCGUUUCUAGCAAGAGUAGGGGGUAAGGGGAGGAAGAGAAAGAAAAGGAAGAAAGGGCUCAGCGCCUCCCCGCCGGGCCGUGGACAGUGGGGCAGUUUCGGCAGGCGGGUGAGGUGGCUGAGGGCCCGGAGGAGAUGUUUUCCCUGUCGAGCACGGUGCAGCCCCAGGUUACAGUUCCUCUGAGUCAUCUCAUCAAUGCCUUUCAGUCACCUAAAACCACGUUUAUUUCUCUCAGUGCAUCCGUUUCACAAAACCAUCAUCGAGAUGCAGUUCCUGAGCGUGAGGCUCCCAGCAGUGAGGCUGUAGUGAACUUGAGAGACCUUGGAUUAUCUGAGUUAAAAGUUGGACAGAUUGAUCAACUGGUAGACAGUCUACUUCCUGGAUUUUGCAAAGGCAAAAACGUUUCUUCCCAUUGGCAUACGUCUCAUGUCUCUGCACAGUCCUUCUUUGAAAAUAAAUAUGGUUACUUAGAUAUGUUUGGUACUUUACGUUCCUCUUGCUUGUAUAGACAACAUUCAAGAACUCUUAAAAGCAUUUGUUCAGAUCUUCAGUACUGGCCAGUUUUCAUACAGGCUCGGAGUUUUAAAACUUUGAAAUCAAGGACACGACGUCUGCAGUCUACCUCUGAAAGAUUAGCAGAAACACAGCAUAUAGCACCAUCAUUCGUGAAGGGAUUUCUUUUGCGGGACAGAGGAACAGAUGUUGAGAGUUUGGACAAACUCAUGAAAACCAAAAACAUACCUGAAGCUCAUCAAGAUGCUUUUAAAACUGGUUUUGCAGAGGGUUUUCUGAAAGCUCAAGCACUAACACAAAAAACCAAUGAUUCUCUAAGACGAACCCGUCUGAUUCUGUUUGUUCUGCUGCUAUUUGGCAUUUAUGGACUCUUAAAAAACCCAUUUUUAUCUGUUCGCUUCCGGACAACAACAGGGCUUGAUUCUGCAGUUGAUCCUGUCCAGAUGAAAAAUGUCACCUUUGAACAUGUUAAAGGAGUGGAGGAAGCUAAACAAGAAUUACAGGAAGUUGUUGAAUUCUUGAAAAAUCCACAAAAAUUUACUGUGCUUGGAGGUAAACUUCCAAAAGGAAUUCUUUUGGUUGGACCACCAGGGACAGGAAAGACACUUCUUGCCCGAGCUGUGGCGGGAGAAGCCGAUGUUCCUUUUUAUUAUGCUUCUGGAUCAGAAUUUGAUGAGAUGUUUGUGGGUGUGGGAGCCAGCCGUAUAAGAAAUCUUUUUAGGGAAGCAAAAGCAAAUGCUCCUUGUGUUAUAUUCAUUGAUGAAUUAGAUUCUGUUGGUGGCAAGCGAAUUGAAUCUCCAAUGCAUCCAUAUUCAAGGCAGACCAUAAAUCAACUUCUUGCUGAAAUGGAUGGGUUUAAACCCAAUGAAGGAGUUAUCAUCAUAGGGGCCACAAACUUCCCAGAGGCAUUAGACAACGCCUUAAUACGUCCUGGUCGUUUUGACAUGCAAGUUACAGUUCCAAGGCCGGAUGUAAAAGGUCGAACAGAAAUUUUAAAAUGGUAUCUCAAUAAAAUAAAGUUUGAUCAGUCUGUUGAUCCUGAAAUCAUAGCUCGAGGCACUGUUGGCUUUUCCGGGGCAGAGUUGGAGAAUCUUGUGAACCAAGCUGCGUUAAAAGCAGCCGUUGAUGGAAAAGAAAUGGUUACCAUGAAGGAGCUAGAGUUUUCCAAAGAUAAAAUUCUCAUGGGGCCUGAACGUAGAAGUGUGGAAAUUGAUAACAAAAACAAAACCAUCACAGCGUAUCACGAGUCUGGUCACGCUAUUAUUGCAUAUUACACUAAAGACGCGAUGCCUAUCAACAAGGCUACAAUCAUGCCACGAGGGCCAACACUUGGACAUGUGUCCCUGCUGCCUGAGAAUGACAGAUGGAAUGAGACUAGAGCUCAGCUGCUUGCACAAAUGGAUGUUAGUAUGGGAGGAAGAGUGGCCGAGGAGCUUAUAUUUGGAACUGAUCAUAUUACAACAGGUGCUUCCAGUGAUUUUGAUAAUGCAACCAAAAUAGCAAAGCGAAUGGUUACCAGAUUUGGAAUGAGUGAAAAGCUUGGAGUUAUGACCUACAGUGAUACAGGGAAACUGAGUCCAGAAACUCAAUCUGCUAUUGAACAAGAAAUCAGAAUCCUUCUAAGGGACUCAUAUGAACGAGCGAAACAUAUCUUGAAGACUCAUGCAAAAGAGCAUAAGAAUCUAGCAGAAGCUUUGUUGACCUAUGAGACUUUGGAUGCCAAGGAGAUUCAGAUUGUUCUUGAGGGGAAGAAAUUGGAAGUGAGAUGAUAGCUCUCUUGAAAUGGAGGCAUUGCUGGGUUUAUUGCAAGAAGAUAAGUAGCAUUGCAGGAAUCUCCUUUUGCAAUGCUUUCCCUCCAUUCUUGACUUGACGUCACUCAAGGGUGUGAAAUACUUUGUCAGUCUUUUGUCACACUUAUCUGAUUUUGGUUAUUCUCAUGAUGGACACGUACUGCAAAGAGCAAAUAAAGAAAAUAAAGAGCUAUGAGGAUUGAGAACAACUUGUUUGAGAAAUGUCAAUCAGUUAUUAAGUUGAAAAUAAGUAAUGACUUUGUGCUUGGUUAUUGUACUGGAUGUGAAUAAAAAUUGUGCCUUUAGCUCCUGGGAAGUAUUUUUAGUUAGCAAAGUAAAAUUGUUGAAGGAUUGUCCUUAUUUCCAGAUCGUACCAUUCAUCUUUGAUAACAAAGUCAUGCUAUUUGGCUGUUGGUAAACCGUAUUUCUACAUACAUCAGUGGAAACUUCAUUAAAAUGCAGUUACUCAUGCUCCACAUCGAACAUAUAUAAAAUGGUUUUUAAAAAUCUAAGAGUAGAAAAUUGUAAACGUACAGAUACAAUCAGAAUUUAAAUGAUUAUAACCUUUUAAAAAUGCAGCUUGUAUUUUCACAGUAUUUCUUUUAAACAUCACUAUCACUCUGACUAAUGACAUUUAUUUUAUAGUAGUAGUAUUAUGUUAAAUAAAUGAGUGACACACUUCAAAUUCUGAAUUAUAUAAUUAUGCUUGGUAUUGAAAGCAAAAUAAAACCAAAAAGUCAGUCCACUUCAUAGUGAACUUUUAAAUUACCCUGUGUUAGAAAUGGAAAGUUGUGUGUGCUUUUCGUUCAGAUUUUGUGAAUAUGAAUGUGUUGUUGCAGGAUUUACAGAUGAAUUUAUUUAACUCAGUAAAAUAAUUAUUUUAGAGCACAUUGUAUUGGCUUUACAACCAAAUUUAUUCUUGAAGUGAUUUUAUUAAAAUUACCUACAGUUUUCUAAUAA